UGGCAGACAACCUGCUCUCACUCUUCCCAUAAUUCAAAGCGCGUCUUCUUUCUCUGUAAGGGCUUCUAUCUCUCUCUAGAGAUAUUCUCCCCCUUGUAACUUUGCUGUGUAUUUUAAUUUGUUGGAAUUUUAUUUGUUAUGCUAUGGUUCUUCCGGUGGAACCGAUGUACUGAGUGGUAAGAGUGCUUUUUUUGCGGGUGUCCCAUUCUCUUCUCCAAUCCGAUAUCUACAUACAUAUAUAUAUAUAUAUAUAAAUAUAUAUAUUUAUAAUAGAUGGAGGUUAAGCUAUGGAACGACAAGCGCGAAAGGGAGAUGUACGACAAUUUCGCCGAGCUCUUUGCGAUUAUAAAGGCAACAGAGAAGCUUGAGAAAGCUUAUGUGCGGGAUGUAAUAUCUCCUGCCGAGUAUGAAAUUGAAUGCCAAAAGUUGAUUGCCCAUUUCAAAACGCUGUCUUCCACGUUGAAAGACAUUGUACCUAGCAUUGAGAGGUUUCAUGAUACUUACAAGAUGGAUUGUCCUGCAGCCAUAAACCGCCUUGUGACAUCAGGGGUUCCUGCAACCGUUGAGCACAGGGCGGCUGCUGCGACAUCAAAUACUACAUCGGCUGCCAUUGUGGCCGAGUGUGUACAGAAUUUUAUUACUGCUAUGGACUCCUUGAAACUAAACAUGGUUGCAGUUGAUCAGGUCCACCCGUUGUUGUCUGAUCUCUCUGCUUCUCUCAAUAAGCUUGCUAUAUUGCCACCUGAUUUUGAGGGGAAGACCAAGAUGAGAGACUGGAUUGCCAGGUUAUCAAAAAUGGGUGCUGCAGAUGAGCUUACUGAGCAGCAGGCUCGACAGCUGCACUUCGACCUGGAAUCAUCUUACAACUCAUUCAUGGCUGCAUUGCCAACUGCAGGGACAUAGUUGUUUUGGUGAUGCAAGGUUGUACAUAUAUGGGCACAUUGGUUUAAUUUCAUGUCUACUAUAUUUCAAUAUGUAUGUUUGAACUUCAUAGUAGAACCUUGGUUGGAGUAAGUAUUGUUCGGCACACGGUUGCUGGUAGUUUGAUCCUAUUUUGUGCUUAAGAGUAGAGGGCAUUUUUUUAAUAUGAAGUGUUUCUAUCUGAUGGAAUA